AUGAUGAAGAACUUCAUCACCAUUGCUGCCUUUGCUGCUGGCACCAAUGCUCUCGUUGGCCGCAGUGAUAGCUGCUGCUUCCACCUCACCUCUUCCGGUGGUGCCUCCGGCCAGCUUGGCCAGCUAAGCGAUGGCCAGAACCGUAUUGGCGACAACAGCCUGUCAGCUGCUCAAUACUGUAUCGAUUCUAAGGGUGCUAUCACUGACUCCGAGGGCCGUGGCUGUAUUCUCACCCCCCCCACUACUCAGUUCCAGUGUGACGAGGGUGCUUCUCCCACACCCGGUUUCUCUCUUAGCUCUCAGGGCGAGCUCGAGUACAACGGCAGCAAGGACUUCGUUGCCUGUGCCACGGGCCAAAACGGUGGUCUGAACGUCUACACCUCUCCCGCCAAGUCCGAUGUCACCGGUUGUGUGAACGUGGAGUUGACUGCCGACUCCUGUUCAAGCUCAGGCUCUGGCUCCGGCGGCUCGUCAUCAUCUACUAGCGCUGUUCCCUCUUCCUCCGAAUCCUCCAGCUCUCAGCAAACCCCAUCUUCUCCCGCCAGUUCUCCCGCCAGCUCUGCCUCUGCUACUCCUUCAGCCACUGAGUCCUCCAGCAGCUCGUGCCCCACCACUCUCACUACCGGCAGCUACGAGUUCCCUCACCUGAUUGUCCCCGUUGACUCCUCCUCGCCCGACACUGCAGCUGGUACUUCCUACAAUGGUACCGUGAGCUCCACCAUCUCGAGCGCUUUCAACUUCGAUAUUCCCUCAUCCGACUCGGGCAAGACUUGUAGCCUCGUCUUCCUCUUCCCUGAGCUCCAGGACCUCGAGACCUCGUCCUAUAGCUUCAGCGGUGACGGCAAGAUUGACUUCGCCAAGCUCUCUUCCGCUGUCGAUAAGUCCACCACCUUUAACAACCUACCUUCCGUGGCCCAGGACCUCGGCGAGAUCACUGUUUCCCCCGGUAACUCGUACGUUAUCUCCACCUUCUCUUGUCCCGCCGGCGAGACGGUGGCCUACGAGAUGAAAAACUCUGGCAGCACCGACCUUAACUUCUUCGAGGACUACAACCCCUCUCCGUAUGUUGCUUUCUCCUAUUUCUCUGUCUGGAUACCAGCUAACAAUCUAUGCAGUCUCGGCCUCUACAUCACCACCUGCUAA